AUGGACGAGCGAGCAUCCUCUAGAAGGUAAGACACACGUGAUUAUCAUAGCUUUUCAUCGGCAUCAUCGUCGGUCUCGAAUCUGAGUAAGGACCGAAGUAGAAGUAAUUCAAAAAAAAGAAAUUUUAGAAAUAAGAAGAAGCCAACUAAACGAGUCAAACACACCUUAGAUUUUCCUCCUCUGGAUUAAUCGUUGCUCAGCUUCGACUAAUUCUAGGAAUUAUAUGUAAGAGUUGCAUGUGACUGAAAAUUAGGUGAGCAAUGAAAUCCCCAUUGAGAAAUUACGACUUCUUUAUUAGACCUACGAGAGGAAAUGGGAAAACAAACAGAAAGAGUUGUUCUUUGAUCAACAUAAGGACGAGCCUUGGAUUUAAGACAAAUACAAUCCCGUGAACAGGAGAGAGUUCCAAGAAGAACGCAAUCAAUUGGCAUAGAAUCGCUUCAAUGAAUUUUUGAAGCAAUACAACAUGGGAGGUUUCAACAACAUCAACCUUACCUUGUCAGAAAUGCAAUUGAUGGACUUCUUUGAAUUGAAUGAUCACUUCNUACAAAGGUGGAUAUGUUUUCAACCUAAUUUAUUGUCAAUACAAAUGAGUAUUCGAUUUCAAAUUCAUUUAUUUCUUUUACAUCGUCAAUUAACUGUUAAAUAUAACUUUCAUUUGGUAAUUUUUGUGUUUCUUCACUGUACUAAUGUUCAUAUUAAUGAAUGA